UACAUGCAGAGCAAUAUGAGCACCAUUUUCCUUUCUGGCAGUGAGGUAAAAUCAGCUUGUCUUGGAAGAGGAGAAGCCACACUGCAUCUUUGUUACACAAUAUUAUUCUGUCCUUGCCUUUAAGGCUUUCACACUCCUUUGUGAAGCACCACUUUUUAUUGAGAUUUAUCUUACCUGAGUCUGUCCCUCUUGUGAGCACAUCUCACCUCCUCUCUUCCUUUUGUGUCUUUUCCUGUAAUCAGUUAGGGAGAGUAUGCAGGUAUUCCUGUUAUUCCUGACUGGUGCUGCUGCAUCUGUCAAGGGAGAGAAGAAAGAGCAUUCAGAAGGGGGGUUCUGAAGACUGACCAUCCAUGUCUUGCAGGAGCAACAACUAGACCGGACCUUGCAGUGGCAACUUUCUGAGUUCAGACUUUACCUCUAGACUAGCAUUUCAAUCAUGAGCCCUUAUCCUUUUUAGCCCAUUACCCUUCAGUAUAAAUUCCUAUGCCUUCUGGGGGGCGUUGUGCUAGUUGGGGGAAUGAGGAGUUGUUUCGUUUUUAAUUUUUUUUUCCAAUUCAGUAAUGCUUUUUCCUUUUUACCCCUGUUGAUUGCCUGAAACCAAAUUCAGUAUGAAUAAGAGAGGGAAAUAUACAACACUGAAUUUGGAGGAGAAAAUGAAGGUUCUAAGUAGGAUUGAAGCAGGACGAUCUCUUAAAAGUGUAAUGGAUGAAUUUGGAAUCAGUAAAUCAACAUUUUAUGACAUUAAAAAGAACAAGAAAUUGAUUUUGGACUUUGUACUGAAGCAGGACAUGCCAUUAGUAGGGGCUGAGAAGAGAAAGAGAACAACAGGAGCCAAAUACGGUGACGUGGAUGAUGCAGUCUACAUGUGGUACCAACAGAAACGCUCAGCUGGUAUCCCUGUGAGAGGUGUGGAGCUUCAGGCUGCUGCCGAGAGAUUUGCACAGUGUUUUGGGCGAACAGACUUCAAAGCUAGCACUGGUUGGCUUUUUAGAUUUCGAAAUAGGCAUGCAAUUGGGAACCGAAAAGUAUGUGGGGAACAAGUCCUACGUUCAGCUUCAGAAAAUGUUGAGCCGUUUCGACAAAAACUGUCCAUGCUUAUUAAAGAGGAGAAACUGUGUCUUGCUCAGCUGUACAGUGGGGAUGAGACUGACCUCUUUUGGAAGUCAAUGCCAGAAAAUACUCAGGCAAGCAGAAAAGAUAUCUGCCUGCCAGGGAGGAAAAUAAACAAAGAACAAUUGUCUGCUCUUUUAUGUGCAAAUGCGGAUGGUACUCAUAAGUUAAAGUCAAUUAUUAUUGGAAAAUCAAAGCUGCCCAGAAGUGUAAAAGAGGACACAUGUACAUUACCUGUGAUAUACAAACCUAGUAAAGAUGUUUGGUUCACCAGAGAAUCAUUUUCAGAAUGGUUUUUUCAAAACUUUGUUCCUGAGGUCAAGCACUUUCAAGUUAAUGUUCUAAGAUUCCAUGAGGAGGAUGUCAGGGCCUUGUUACUUCUGGACAAUUCUCCAGUUCACCAUUCCACUGAAUCACUAACCAGUGAGGAUGGUCGAAUAAAAUGCAUGUUCUUUCCCCAUGACACUUCAACCUUGAUUCAACCAAUGAAUCAGGGUGUGAUCUUGAGCUGCAAACGACUUUACAGGUGGAAGCAACUUGAGGAGAGUCUUGUAAUUUUUGAAGAAAGUGAUGAUGAGCAAGAUAAAGGAGAAAAAGGAGUUUCCAAGAUUAAAAUCUACAACAUAAAAAGUGCAAUUUUUAACUGGGCAAAGAGUUGGGAUGAAGUAAAACAAAUAACCAUAGCAAAUGCAUGGGAAAAUCUUCUUUACAAAAAGGAACCUGAAUAUGAUCUUCAAGGCUUAGAAGAUGGAGAUUAUAGAGAAAUUCUUGAGAAAUAUGGGGAGUUGGAAACCAAGCUGGAUAACGAUAGGGUGUGGUUAAAUGGGGAUGAAGAAAAGGGCAGCUCCCCGAAAACAAAAGGUGGAAUUAUAAAGGAAGUUGUUCAAAAAGCGAGAGCUGAGGAGCAGACUGCUGAAUUUAAGUUAUCUGCUGUAAGAAAGAGUUUGGACUACCUUCUUGACUUUGUUGAUGCAACACCUGAGUUUCAAAGGUUCCAUUUUACACUGAAAGAGAUGCAACAAGAAAUAAUCAAGAAGCAGUUCCAGAGUAGAAUCCAUUCUAGAAUUGGUAGCUUUUUGAAAUGUAGGCCUCAUAAUAUUAAGGAUUCCUUCAAUAUGCCUUCAACUUCUGGUUGUAGUAAGUAGAUAUUGUGUUUAAAGAUUUCUGCAGUUAUGUAAUGAUACAUGAAUUAGACUUGUUGUGAACUGUCAUUGUUUUUAUCAACUGACCUCACUUUGCACAGCAAUGCCCAUUUAUACUGUUUAUAAAAUACACGAUUUGAAGGUAAUAAAUUUGGGGCUUUUGAUGUAUAAAUAUGUUCAUUAAUCUAUAUUUUUUUCUAUUUUAGACAAGGACUUGAAUAAUGAGGAACUAUUGUCCCAGAUUAUCUAAGGUGAAAUGGAUGUGGGGAAAGCAUUAAAGUCUAAAUGUAUUCACAGCAUAUAACAAAGAAGCUAUAUAUAUGCUGACUAGUUAUUUAAGAAGAUAAGGACAGACUUGGUUUUCAAUUUAAUGGUAUGACAUACUCUGCUCUUGUAAAUGAGUUACCACCUGUUUAGUGUUUGUUUUCUUCUUAUUGUGGAAGUGACAUAUGCUGAUUAUAAAAAAGAUUUAUAAGAAAGAUAAAAAGCACCCAAAUUCUCUCAACUGAUGAUAGGCUCCCUUAACACUUUGGUAUAUUUCAUGUAUUUUAAAAAAUAGGUAAGUUACAUUGUAAAUACAAUUUUAUAUCUUAUUGUCUUAGCAUUUUUGU